CUAGAGAGAUUGAUUAAUAUUUUUUAGCGCCACAAAUUUUGGCAUUAAAAGUUGGCAGCACUUCUUUUAGGGGAAGAUAGAAGAUACAACAUCCUAUUUCAUAUUCAUCCCUAUGAAAUGGAAGCAAGCCAUGAUAUGGACGUUCGUUAAAUCUCUUCGUUAAAAUAGGAAAUUUUGAGCAGUUUUGUAGAAUAACACUAUUGUGCAACAUUUUGCAAAAAGUUGUUUUUAUUUUAGUAAACGAAUGGGCUUGCAAUAACUUGUGAUAGCAACUUAAAAUAGGAUUACAACACAAUAUACCAUAAGUACAAGAAAGUAAAUAAAGAUGAGCAAUGCUAACAGAAUGUCUACUGGAGCUCUUCCAAAAUCUAAUCCAAUAACUGAAGACUAUGAAAUAUCUAGAACAGUCCUGGGAUUAGGAAUAAAUGGAAAAGUGGUUGAAUGUUACUCCAAGACAACAAAGGAGAAAUAUGCACUGAAAAUAUUGCCAGACAGCGCAAAAGGUUGGAGGGAAGCUGACUUACAUUGCAAAGCUACUGGGUGCCGGCAUGUCGUGGAAAUCAUUGAUGUCUACGAAAACACAUACAAAAGACACGCUGCCGUUUUAAUGGUGAUGGAAUGCAUGGAGGGUGGUGAAUUGUUCCAAAGAAUUCAGGAUAAGGCUGAAGGAGCGUUUACAGAAAGGGAGGCUGCCCAAAUAAUGCAUGAUAUAUGCAUUGCUGUUAAAUACUUACAUGAUCGCGAUAUCGCUCAUAGAGACUUAAAGCCUGAAAACUUAUUGUAUUCCAAACCAGGACCGUUAGGAGUACUGAAAUUAACUGAUUUUGGUUUUGCCAAGGAAACGUCAUCUUUAGUUACUCUCCAAACCCCGUGCUACACACCUUAUUAUGUUGCUCCAGAAGUGUUGGGGUCCCAGAAGUAUGAUAAAAGCUGUGAUAUUUGGGCGCUAGGUGUUAUUAUGUACAUAUUGUUAUGCGGUUACCCUCCGUUCUACAGCGACCACGGGCUGUCCAUGUCACCUGGUAUGAAAAGUAGAAUCCGAGCUGGUCAAUUCACAUUUCCUGAUGCCGAAUGGAAACAGAUUAGUCCUGACGCGAAGCAUCUUAUAACCGGAAUGCUCACUGUUGAUCCAACCAAAAGAUUUACUAUUGAUCAGGUUAUGAAUAACCGUUGGAUCGCGCAAUACGCUGCCGUCCCACAAACUCCUCUUCACACCAAUCGAGUUUUGAAAGAAACUGUUGAACUUUGGCCCGAAGUACAGGAGGAGAUGACCCGCUCGCUGGCAACCAUGCGUGUGGACUAUGACCAAGUUCAAAUCAAAACGUUGGAAAACUCCAACAAUCCCCUGCUUAAUAAGAGGCGGAAAAAGAACGCCAUUACAACCAACUAGUGCAAUUUUUUUACGUUUAUUUAUAGUAUUUUAAUAUAUUACUUCUGAUCUUAAAUUAGCUUAAGUGCAUUUAUGUAUUACUUGGACGCUGUUGUGCAUCGUUUAAAUCUAUACAGUUUUACUUGCACCCUUAGAAAUAAAGUUACUGUAUAAAGAUAAAAUGUCAAAAUAGAAAUAGCAUUACAACAGAAAUAUUUUGGUCCUAUUAAAGCAUUUAGAAACUGUAGAAAUAUGGUUUAAAAUUUCUCUUUUAAAAAAUUAAAAAAGUAUUUUAAGUAUUUAAAAAAAUUUAGAUUAUCAUAUUUUGAUUAAAAGGAUCAGUCAUAUGUUUAUUUCCUGUAAUGUUGCGUCUAUUACGAGCAAGUCAACAAAAAGCUAUUUGUUAAAAACCCAUGUUUGAUUGGGUUGCAUGAAGUUGGUUGAAGAAAUGGGUGUUUUAAAUAUCCUGUCUAUCUGGCUCUACCUAAUAUUUUUUGUCUAUGCUAUUCUGGUUACUUAAACCUAAAUUUUUCAUAAAUACCGGUCAAAGUUAUACUCAUAUUCUUUCCUGUUUUCUUGGAAUAUGGUAUGUGUAUAGGUGACAUAAAAUAUAAAAUGUUAUCAGUAUUUUUCUUUAAGGUACUAGUACAGACUAGUCUAAAUAAAUUCCUAUUUUCAAAAAAAAAUUCUCAGCUACUUCAUUACCUAGAUAAAAACAUUAAUUUUUUGAAACAUUUAUCUUUAAAUAAAAAAAAAAUAGUUCACGUUUUCUAGAGGACGUCUAAGUUAACGUCUCAAAAAAAAAGUGGCCGAGGGCGAACACUAAUUCUCAGGAUUAGCACAUUUGAAACAAAAAAUUUCAAUGGAAUUACUUAAAGAAGGCGCCCUUACAAGACAAUCGACCACUUUUAAUCGAAAAUACAACAAAAAAUGGCGGACAUUUAAAGAAAUAGUUGAAAUAAAUCUAUUUUUUUACUAAUUUUUCUUAUUAAAAAAAAUCAUGGAAAAACAUCUUUUUCAUGACUUUCCCUUUCAAAAUAGGUGGUGAAUGAAUGUGGCCCUGAAUGAUCGGCUGUUCAAGUCUUUUUUACUUUCUUUACGUGUCGAAACAUUCGUUUCCUUAUUUUAAAACGCGCUCCAAUUUUGGUAUGGUAAAAUCUUCAUAUGGUUUGUAAAGAUUUUGUGUAAUGUCUAAAUAUGUUUAUACUUCCCUGAUGAACCUCCAUACCUUCGGAGCUACGUUCGUAGUUUAAGGAACACUCUUCAUAAUGUACAAUAAAGGUAAAUUCCAUUAAUUAACAAAAUAAAUCUAAUCCAUUUCUACGUACGCCGUAAUCAUUUUUCUUUUUUUUCUUCCAAUGUUUGCCAGUUGCAAGAAUUGCUUGAAAGAACCAUUUACAGAUCAUUCUUAGUGAUUUAAGGAAUUCGCCACAAAAAAAAAAUAAUUUUUUAUCUAAUCUGUUCUGGUACCUUAAUGUCUUCAAAACCCAGUACUUUUAGUGUAUUUUGCUUGUUUUUCAAAACAAGAAUUAUUAUAUUUGUUCAAAGUAGUUAUUCCGUUUGUUUUAUUUGUUUCUAAAAAAAUGUUUGUUCAAUAUAUUUUUUUUAAUAGUUUUUUAUUAAUAAUAAGUUAUAUUCUAAUUAAAAGUACCGAUGCACAAUGCGUUUUUAUUUUUAAAAUUAGAACUGAAAUUUUAGUUUUGUAAGACAAGAACGAUGGCGUAUAUAAAUGGCUAAGCAACCGUUGACGUAUUAUUUAUUAACAUAAGUUUUUAAAUUGUUUUCAUAACUUUUUGCGUUAUGAAACUUUUGUACUAGCACCUCAAAAUAAACGCCAUUCUCUUGACUAAAUUUUCUCCAGUUAUUUGGGAACAUUUGGUAUGCUUAUCUGGUUCAAUAAAGUUAUUUUUUUUAUGAAA